AGAAAUCAGCUUUUAUCAGCCUUAUAGGCGCAUAUUCACACGAAACAUGAUGAUAUGUUGCCAAGUAUCAACACCAGAUGAUGUAAGACAAGACCAGACAGUCCCUUUCCCUUCCUGAUACUGGGGAAAUUUCAGCAUGAACUUGCGGUUUUAUUUCAAGAUUGCAACUAACAAUUACAAGAAUCAGAUUGCCGAGCUGGUCCUAAUACUAUGAGAGUUGGCUUUGCCGGGGAGACCGAAAAGGCAAACACAUGGACCAAGUCUGGUUCAAUGUAUAAAAGUGGAAGACGUGCCAUGGCAUAUGGCACAAGAGGACUGGUAGAUGGGUUAAGAGGUCAUAAUCUGUAACAAAAUUGAAAAACAAGUGUAGCAGACACAACCAAAUCUGCAAACGUAAGAUGGGUUAGUCUCUUCUGAGAAGAGAAUAUUGAAUUACGGAGGUCGAGGGAUUUUGAGGUUUAUUAAACCAAAAAUACAAGCCCAAGUGUUCAUCUUCUAACACAGUUUAUUAGAAUAAACAAGGGUCUAAAAUGAUGACUCUUCAAAUAACAUAACCACUGGCGUUGUCUGAUUUGGACCAAGACUACAUUAGACAUAGACUCUUCAACCAAAACCAAAAGCAAAAAGGUUAAAGCUUAGCUAACUAGCAAAAUUUCUUGAUUAAAUCAAAUCUACCUUAGCUUAAUAUUACCUCCAUGCUCAUGUUUUUCUACCCUCAUUCCAACAACCUCUGAUCUUUUUUAUCUGUAAGGAUUCGUUUUCUAUUAUAGGUUUUGAGAUUAUGAUCAUCAUAAAUACCUCAAAAUAUGUCAAGAAUCAUUUGCUUCACAAAUAUCUCAAUACUCCUGUUGUGAUUAGCCGAUGAAUAACUAUCUAACAUGGCAAGUAUCGCAUACAGAGAUCAAGAGCUAGAAGAGAGCUUCUCAUUCAGCAGCUGCUAUGACUUCAACUCCUCAUCAUUCCAGUCCAUUUUCUCCGAUGAAAGCGACGAUGAAUCCUACAUUGAGAUAGCCAUUGAACAGAAGAAUUAUCAUGGAGAUAUUGAUGACCGGGCUGAUGAGGAAAUGGAGCUCCGUAUAUCAUUUUCUUCUAGCGUUCCCUUCCAAGAACCCUCCACCACAACAACCAGCAUUGAGUACGAGUCUCCUGCGACAAUGUCAAAGUCUCCAUCGUCAUCAACAACAAAAACAACAACAUUCACUAUGAACUCUUCUUCUCCUUCCAAGGAGGGUGAUCAAUUGGAUACUCAAACGGGGUCCAAGGCUUCUAAUUCUAAUUGUAGAAUCCAAAAGACCAUUAAAAGGAAGGCUCAGUUUCCUAAAGUUAACGGUUUUCUCAAUAUGUUAAAGCCCAGUUUAACGGUAUCAUCAGAGGCCAAUAAUGAAAAUGGCCGUCCGGCUAACAGCAAUCACUUGGAGCUUGUACGCCCCAGCACGAUGAAAGGAUCGAAGGAAACAGCAAUGAACAGCAGUGGCAUCAUGAUGAAGUUCUUGGUCAAGUUUCGAACCUUGAGAAUUCGGACUUUGCUCGCAUCAUUUAUGAAGUCUCGCCAAGAAAUUAACUUUCCCCGAGAAAAGAAAAACAUUGGGACAUAUCAGACGUUAAUAAAGCCUUUUGACAACUGGUUAGUGCGAAAAGGACAAGGCAGCGGCAGCAACUCGAACAACCCUUUCGGAAAUGGUGACAGGUCAAGAGUUAUGGAGAAGAACUUGGAUGCAAUUAGAGGAGUUUUGGAAGCAAUGAGUACUAGCAUUGGUGGGAAAGAUAGAAAAUCUAAAAGUUGUCCAAGUUCCACAAAAUCCUCCCCAACUCACCUGGGUUUCUCUAGUGGAAAUCAGAAUCACAAAAUAUGUGGUCAGGACAACUCAAUCCAGGCUGCUAUUGCUCAUUGCAAGAGAUCAUUAGGCCCAAAUAUUUUGUGAUUUUAUUUUUAAAUUUCUCCUUUCUGCAUCUUGAAAUUCAUGUACAGAAUCACCAGCUUGAUUUAACAAAACAAUGUGUUCUCCAUAUCCGAGAUGUUCAUGGUUUUGACGUUAA